GCUUCAGCUCGGGCGGCAAAUCAUGAUCCAAAAUUUCAAUAUUCCUUAGCCAACUACCGAGCCGUGUUGACGAAGACGCUCGUAAUCCCUUCGCAAGACAGACUCAGCUCGCCAUAGGGCUGCAAUCACACGACUCAAGCUUUAGCUAACAUGGCUAUCGCGAUGGGAUAAAAGAUCAACAAAUUUGCGAGGAGAUGUAACAUUAUCGCUGCAACGUAUGCGUUGAAGAUGUCUGUAAUACGUGGUAUAACGCCAUAUACCAGUCGCGAGUGCGAUGAUAUCGUUCUUCAUCCCCUACAUUCGACUGAGUAUGAUCACUUUCUCGGUUACAUAGAACGCAUCAACAGCAAUGGUUGAAGAUCACAAUCGUGCGGCAGCCAUGGAGUUUCAUCUAUUUCCUAGGCUCCCAAUCGGACUUCGAGUAAAGAUAUGGCGGUUUAGUCUUCCACCCACUCGAACCGUUUCCAUUCGAUGCGAUACAGCCCAUUCAACCUGGGGAACCUCCCCGGCAAAGGUCCCGGCCAGCUUACACGCUUGCCGCGAAUCGAGACAAGAGGCCAUACGAUACUACGGCAACUUGAAGUUCGGUAUAGCUGGAGUACCCAAGAUCUACUUCAACCCUGAAGUCGACGUUUUACACUUUGGUCCGCUCAAAGGAUUCAUGGCCGCAUCUUCACAGUAUUUUUCUGCCAUGUCAUUGUGCGACCCAUCAGACUUGAGGGAUGUCCGCUACUUGGCCAUCGACGACUCUGUGCUGGGGCACGGGCUCGACAGGGGGGGAGCCGGCUCCGAACUGGCUACUCGGACCAUUCGUCAACUUCCGCUGCGCAUGCCGGGGCUGAAAGGGAUCGUGUUCGUGCGCAGCAAUGCUGCGUCUGUGUUUCGAGAGACGGACAACUAUUGCAGAGACCUUCAGACAUUGAUUCGAGUUGCAAUACGGGAAGUUACUGGCGAAUUUCCGGAAUGGAAGGUUCCUUCGUGGUGUACGGCAACAACUUGUACAGAUGAAAGUUUGUAUUAGGGAAGAUUGGGCAGGAUCCGUGUAGAUACAUGAACGGGAAUUCACUAGAACCUUCUGGGCCAGGAAAAUCUGCCGAUCAGAGGACAUACUAAACCUAUUCUGAAGUUCAAAAUAAUUAGCUGAAUAUUAUUACAUGCCUAAAGCUCGGGAUAGAGCCAAAGCUAGCCCAGGCUCCCAGCAAUAACACGAGAGAAG